AUGCACCUUCGAGUAGACGAACGAAGAUGUUUGAACCUUCUGAAUAGGAACCAAGCAGCAGCUACUAUUAGAUUUCCUAUGAAAGGCAAAAUCAGCACACGACAAAUGAAACUAAAUUGCAUCAUUCAAGCCGUCCUCGGUUGUCUACCGAUUCCCGAUCCGUCUCUCAAUCAAGAGGCUAUGAAAAUUAUGAGAACUGCUGAUAGAGUUUGCAAAUGUCUAGUAACAUACGUGACACGCCCAGACCUAGUAUCUCAGCAGCCUAUGUUCUUCUCAGCUGUUCUAAACUCGAUACUACUCGCGAAGUGUAUAUCAGCACAUCUUUGGGAAAACUCGCCAUAUGUGAGCAAACAGCUAAAGGGCAUUGGACCGACUUUCAGUACGUUACUCGCAACAGCUGGUAAAGUCAAUUUCAUUCUGUUAGAAGAAAGCCAUCCACGGGACUUGGAACGGAUAAUGAAUAAAGGAGCCCCAGCUGGCAAUGUUCUUCGCAAACAAAUUAGUCUACUUCCAAAGUACCAACUGACAAUGAUACCAGUAGACGAGAAGACCGUUACCCUACAGCUCUUGCUUAUCAACCAAGCUUACUUAGCUGAAAACAUGGAUAAUUUGACAGCCGGAGAAAGACACAAAAGUUACAUCAUUGUGGGGGAUUCUAAUAACCAUCUGUUGCUGUUGGCUGCUUUUAAGGACAAAGAUUUAAUAAGCGUUUUCGAUGGCACCAUUAGUCAUGAAAUAAGACGCAAACACAAUUUUGAACACAAAAUAUUUGCUCAUUGCGUUAGCUCUUCUUUUGUGGGCAUCGAUGCCCAGGCAGAAUAUUUGUUCAACGAUUUAGAACCAUUUCUGGGAGGACCAAACACACAAAAGAACAGUAUUCAAAAGAAUCCAGUGUCUAAUAAAAAAGUUAAUGAGCGCCAAACAUGCAUAACUGAUACAUUUAAAGAACGUAAAAGGAAAAAUACUGAUGCCAUAGAAAAGUCUAAAGAAAAGAAGAAACGUGAUAGUGCUAUGAUUGAGAGUUUUAAAUAUCUCAAACAGUCGUUUGAAACUGCGUCGAAAAAUGUAAAUCAAAGAGUCAAUCACCAAAUGAACACAAAUAAAGAAAGCACAAAUAAUAUCACACUUGGGCACUCAGAACCAAGUAAUUCGAAUUGUAAAGACAGUUGGAAUACAAGACAGAAUAAUACACCAAAUCCUACAACAAUUCUUAAUGUGUGUUCCGAAGAAAUGGAUAGCGAUGAGUUUAUCGAUGAAAGAAAAAUAGACAGUAUUCUUAACGAAAUUGAAAACGAAAUGAAUAAAGACAAACCAAAUUCCAACGAUAGCAAAGCACGCUUUCGUGAUAACGUUAAUACUGCUUUUAAUAAAUCAACACAUAGUCUAAACAGUUUGACUAACUUGUUUCCUACUACAAAAUCUACUAAUUACUCCACCAGUGCAAUUAGGAAACGUAAACCUGUAACAACAAAAUCGAAUUACAAUUUCAUUGAGUUAUUGGAAAGGAAACUCAGUUUAAGUGAUAAUGAAGACGUAAUAGAAGUUCCACAAAAAGAUAACGGAUUUUCGGAGACUAUAAAGAAUCAUAUACAAAAAUACUUGACUAAAACAAAAACUACAAUUCCUGAUAAAAAUUUGGAGAUUUUAACAAUAUUAGAUGAUCCACAAAACGAAUUACCGGAUGAUGGAGAAAUGAAUCGAACUCUUCUACUUGAAGAAUUAACAAAUCCUGUACGUGAACCAUGCCCUAAAUACGAGAGUAAAGAAAUAUUAGGCCAAAGUGAUACUAUACAAAACAGGGAAGUUCAAAAAGCAAACAACAUUGAAUGUUAUAUAGAUGUUAAUGAUUGUGAAACGAUCGAAAAUGCAAAACCUGAAAGAGAAAGAGAACUCCCUAACUAUAAUACAAACAUGAAACAAUUAACGGAUUUUAGUGAUAAAAACAUCAUAGUGUUAGAUGAUGAAAACUAUAAGACUGAUAAGACUAACGAUGAACAUUACGAAGUAAAAGAUAAUUACAUGCAAGUUAUAGAAAGUAAGAAUGAUACAGAAGUAAAUAAUUGUAAUGAAAUGAACCAAAAUGAUGUACAAUUUAUAAAAAAUGAUGAGAUUGAACCGAAGUCGAUGUACAAAACAGAUGUUAAUAUAAUCAGCCCUACAACUGAGAAAGUUCAAUGUCCUGGCAUUAAUAAUACAAAGAAUUCCACUAUAGAUAAAAGUUUAGACGUAAAUGGAAGUGUUUUAUCAAAACCCAACAUUGACACUGAAAGAGUUGAAGAUAAUUUUGACGAGUCCCUAAAACAUAUUUCAAGGCAAAUUGUUCCACUAAAUAUUAAUCAACUUGUAGCAAAUAAUAAAACAUUACUUACCGAUGGUAUAAAUAGAGAAUAUUUGGCCACUAACAUAUCUUCAGAUCAGACUGACUGUGCUCCAUCUGAAUCUUCGUUUAUCUCGCCUCCUUGCUCCAAUUUGCCUAACGAGACUCAAAGCACAUCAAAUUAUUUCUCAAAAAACAUAGAAACAGAUCAAAGAAAAGCUAAAUUUGUUCAAAGAUUCACUUACGUUGCAAGUAAGAUAGACGUUUGUACCAAGCAAACUCCAGAAUAUAGUAUGCAAGUUAUCAAGAAAAUGAAAAUGGAUGUAGAUAUAACAGCUAUAGUGUCCCGUAAGAAUGAUUCUUUUCAGAAUUCUAGAGCAGACUGUGAACAAACCUCAAAUGAUAAUAUUAAAAUGAUUGAACUACUGAAACAAAAUAACACUAACCGAGAGGAUGAUGAGAUCAUAUCCGCACGUAAUAAUGAAAGAAAUCAUAAAUCUAAUAUUAUCUUUCCACCUAUGCAUAUUUCAACGUUUGAUAGUUUAGCUAUUCUUCCCAAUGAGGGUAGCCUGAAUGCGAACAGCAAUGUGAAAGGCACCAUAAAGGAACCUGUUCCUGACCAUAAUUUAAUGGGUACUAAAAAUGUAUCAAACGAUAAAGUGAAUGAUGCAUUAUCUAAUAAUUCAGAGCAUUUAGAAGCAAACUAUAAUUGUGACAACUUAAGCGCAAAUAUAAGACAAACAGAAUAUGAAAAUGCUUGUGUUGGUGGAAAUAAAAUUCAAAAUAUAUUAGAAAAAUAUAGCAAGAAACUAUCAACAAAUUUAUCCAAACCUCUAACACCAAGUUGUUCAAACAUCACUAGACCUGGAUAUAACAGUGCACCCAAAAUUAAAGCUAGAAAACCGUUUAAGAUAACUGAUCUACACAAAUUGCAUGCCACUAUACCCGAUACUAUCGUAGAAAAUAAAACUGAAGUUCAAAAAGAAUUAUUACAAUCGCCAAAACUGAAUUUGUUUGUAGACGUCACGAAAAUACCAGAGAAAUUCAAUAGAAAUGAAUUUACAGACAACGCAAGUAUGCAAUUCCAAGACAUUUCACAUUGUGGGUCUCUGAUUGAAAUGGAUUUAGAACCAAUAAAUGAAUAUUUAUCCCCAAAAAUAGACCUAGAACCCAAGGCGUACAAAAUAGAUCAGUCUAUGUUUAAUCCUAAAAAACUUUUGCAAUGUGUAGCUGAUGAUGAACAUGAGAUAGUUCCUCCACCGCCAGAAUUUUGUGACGAUAUAUCUUAUUCACCUGAAGAGGAUUUGUCGACUUGUGGAAGAAAUGAAUUGCUUACAUCGCAACUUAAUGAUUUUGCAAACAAUGAUGAGGCAUGCAAUGAGAACAUAUUCGACGAUAAUAUUGGUACUGAUCUAACUCCCUCAAAAGAAAUUGAGACUUGGGUCCUGUCUCAAGAAGACGACGAUCGCAAUUCUAAUAUGUCUUUGAAUACAAGUCCCGUUAAAUCGUAUACAGUGAUGCGGAAAAAUUGUAGUAACAACAGUAAUUUCUCCUACAAAAAUAUUAUGUCGAGACAUGCCAAAUUAGGACAGUUUAGAUUCAGUCAAAAAAAUAAAUUUAAAGCCAAAAAAUGA